AUGACCAAGAAAUUCGAGUUCAAUUGGCAGAUACCAGUUCCGGAGCCGCUAUUACAGGGUGCAACAUUCGAUCGCUGGACAGAAGAGAAAGAUAACACGGAGCUUGAACAAAACUGUCUGUUUAAAGUCGACGAAUACGGUUUUUUCAUUUAUUGGAAGAGUGAGGGAAAGGAUGGCGACGUCAUUGAGUUGUGUCAAGUUAGUGACGUCAGAUCCGGGGGUGUGCCGAAGGAUGUGAAAUUAAACAAUAAUUUAGAAAAGAAGCACGGAAACAACUUAGAAGAAAAGUCACUCACAAUAUGUAGUGGGACCGACUACAUAAACAUAAACUACCAACACAUUGUGUGCCCAGACGCGAACACUGCAACGGUCUGGAAGGAGGGUUUGAGGGCCAUCACCCAUAACAACAAGAUAAACAACAUCUGCCCUAGAACCAGUCUCAUGAAACAUUGGAUGCGUUUGUCGUUUCUAACUGAUCCGAAAGGCAAAGUUCCCGUUAAGGUGGUAGCCCGUACAUUCGCGUCUGGUAAAACUGAAAAGUUGGUCUACCAAUGCCUAUCCGAAUUGGGUUUGCCCUCAGGCAAAAACGAGGCAAUGGAAAAGGAAGCUUUUACAUUCGAUAAAUUCUACGCUCUAUACCAUAAAAUCUGUCCAAGGAAUGAUAUAGAAGAACUGUUUAGAUCUAUUACCCAAGGUAAAUCGGAACGUAUCAAUUUGGAGCAGUUUGUGAAUUUCUUGAACGAGAAACAACGCGAUCCUCGUCUCAACGAAAUUCUGUACCCGCUGUAUGAUGAUAAAAGAGCUCUUGAAAUCAUCACCGAUUAUGAACAGAAUGAAGAAGCCAAGAAUGAUAAAUGUCUUACAAAAGAUGGUCUUAUCCGCUACCUCAUGUCUGAUGAGAACGCUCCAGUAUUUCUGGACCGUUUAGACUUCUAUAUGGAAAUGGACCAGCCUUUAUCACAUUACUAUAUCAACUCCUCACACAACACUUACUUAUCUGGCAGACAAUUCGGAGGGAAGAGCUCCGUUGAAAUGUAUAGACAAGUCCUUUUAGCUGGAUGCAGAUGCGUGGAAUUAGAUUGUUGGGAUGGUAAAGGGGAAGACGAGGAACCGAUAAUAACUCACGGCAUGGCCAUGUGUACGGAUAUUUUGUUCAAAGACGUCAUUUACGCGCUCCGCGACACAGCCUUCGUGACGUCAGACUAUCCUAUCAUACUUUCCUUCGAAAACCACUGCUGCAAGGCCCAGCAGUACAAACUGGCGAAAUACUGCGACGAGAUUCUUGGAGACUUGCUGCUCAAAGAACCACUACCUGAAUACCCGCUAGAACCCGGCCAACCUCUACCUCCGCCGUCGAUGUUGAAACGCAAGAUCAUGAUAAAGAACAAAAGACUAAAAGCCGAAGUUGAAAAACAAGAGUUAGAACUAUUCAGACAGGGACAGUUUGUUAUAGAAGAUGAGGUAAAAGAAGACGCCUCCGCGCCAAUGCCGGAGAAAAAGCCUGAAGAGAUAGUAGCGGAGGCGGCUGCUGCCGGUGACGACGCUCCUCCGCCGGUUCAGUACACGGGCUCCACUACUAAUGUACACCCCUGGCUUUCCUCGAUGGUGAACUACGCGCAACCCAUCAAGUUCAUCAGCUUCGAGGAGGCCGAGAAACGCAACAUCCAUCACAACAUGUCCUCAUUCGCGGAGACUACAGGCAUGAACUACCUCAAGUCCCAGGCCAUAGACUUCGUGAACUACAACAAGCGGCAGAUGUCCAGGAUAUAUCCUAAGGGAACUAGGGCUGACUCCUCUAAUUAUAUGCCUCAGGUGUUCUGGAACGCUGGCUGCCAGAUGGUGUCAUUGAACUUCCAGACUUCUGAUCUUCCAAUGCAAUUGAACCAGGGCAAGUUUGAAUAUAAUGGAAAUUGUGGGUAUCUGCUGAAACCUGACUUUAUGAGACGCGCUGAUAGAAGCUUUGAUCCUUUCGCCGACGCGCCGGUAGAUGGCGUGAUUGCUGCACAAUGUGCUGUACAGGUGAUAGCCGGUCAGUUCUUAUCAGAUAAGAAGGUCGGUACAUACGUGGAGGUUGAUAUGUACGGACUCCCUACAGACACUAUAAGGAAAGAGUUCCGUACACGAAUGGUCCCCGCUAACGGACUGAACCCUGUUUAUAAUGAGGAACCCUUCCUCUUCAGAAAGGUAGUUCUACCAGAUCUAGCAGUACUUCGUUUCGGUGUAUACGAUGAGAACGGAAAGUUAUUAGGUCAAAGGAUUUUACCUCUAGACGGACUUCAAGCAGGGUAUAGACACAUCUCGCUGAGAACAGAAGCCAACUUCCCCAUGUCACUACCCAUGUUAUUCUGUAACAUAGAACUUAAGAUUUACGUGCCGGACGGGUUUGAGGAUUUCAUGGCGGCUCUGUCCGACCCGAGGGCAUUUAUGGGGGCAGCGGCGCAAAGGACUGACAACAUGAAACAAAUGGGAAUAGAAGAGAGUGGACCGGAGAAGAAACCCGCUCAGGAGGAGAAGAAAGAAGAACCUUUGGUGUUCGAGCCGAUCACCGUAGAGACACUUCGCCAGGAGAAAGGCUUCAUCAAGACCGGCCGCAAACAACAGAAAGACUUGGAGGCUAUGAAGAAGAGACACUCCAAAGAAAAGAUGGCGCUACAGAAACAACAGUGUGCCGCUCUGGAGAAACUGAUUAAGGGGAAAAAUCGCGAACAGCUGAGUACCGACGCUACAUUUCGUACGGCGGUUGGUGAGCAGGCGGGUGUAUGGGGCGAACUAGUUAGGAGACAGCGAGCUGAGAGGAGCGCCGCAGACACCGUGAGGCUACAGGAACAGAGGGAACUGUUGAAGAGGAUCGCUGAACAGGCGCAGCAGGCGCAGAUCAAACAACUGGAGGCUAAACAUGAGAGAGAACUGAAAGAAAUGAACACUCGCCAAGCCAAGAUCAGUGUUGAGACGAGCAAGGAAGUAGCCAACGACAAGACGCUGAAAACAAAACAGGAGAAAGACAGAAGACUGAGGGAGAAGAAACAGAACAAUACUAAGAAAUUCAUGGACGAACGAAAGACGCAAACAAUAAAACAAAACCGCGAAAAGGACAAGCUGAAGGCUUCCCACGACAAGCAAAUGGAGGAACUCAACAAAGAUAUUGAUAAUCUGAUCGAAAUGUACAAAAUGGAGGCGACCGAGUUCGAAAUGGCGAGUAAAACUGAAUUCUUUGCAUGA